AGUGGGCGUGUCUCCACGGAGACGCUGCCAACAAGACAGACAAGAGAAAUCAGGAAGAACAGAAAGACAAACGAAGCUGCAGGUGGAAUACGGCGUUUCUGAAGAAGAGCCGUGACCAGGACUGUCAGCCCAACGUUUACUUCAGGAAGUGAUUACUCUGCUGCCAGGAGUGAGAGACAAACUCCAGUCGGUCGAAUCGCAGACAAACACCGACAGCAAACAGCAAACGGUGGGAAAAGCCACAGAGUGAAGGUGAAGGCAGCGUGAGCUGAUGUGGAUUCAGCAGCAUGGAUCAGGAUCAGGAUGUGAAUGAGAGCGUUCCUCUGCUCAGAGAGCAGAAGAAACAGAGCAAAGGUCAAAGAGCAGAGGAUCCACAUCUCAUCCCAACAUGUCUGACUUGGUGCUGCUCACUCUGCAGCACACAGAGACCAGACUCACCUGAAGCUCGACCCGUAACUGGACCAGAGACUGUGUCAGAAUAUGAACCCCACUCUGGAUCAGAAACCAUAUCAGUUUAUGAACCUGAAUCUGUACCGGUACCAGAACCCCAGAAUCUAUCAGGAUACGGACUCAACUCUAAACCUGAACCUCCAUCUGAGACCUUAUCAGGAUGUGAACCUGGAUCAGAACUGGUACCAGAACCUGACUCUCUGUUGGGAUUUGAACCAAAACCUGAACUUGUGUCAGGUUUUGGAUUAAUGUCAGUACCAGAACCUGAGACGUUAUCGAGUUAUGAAUCCAACAGUCAGACCAUCUCUGAACCUGAAAACUGUCUCUCCACCAAUCACAGCCACAGUCAGAGACCGGACUCUCCUGAACCUCAACCUGGACCUGAGGUAGCAUCUGAACACAAACUCUACGCUGAACUGGAAACCGGAUCAGAAACCAAAUCACUUCAUGAACCUGACUUAGUACCAGACGCUGAGGCACCAUCAGGGUUUGAACCCAACUCUGAACCUGAACUUCAAUCUGAGAUCUUAUGUGGAUCAGAACCGGUACCAGAACCUGACACCCGGCUGGGAUUUGAACCCAACUCUGAACUUGUAUCUGGAUCAGUUAAUGAACCUGAAUCAGUAUCAGUACCUGGAUCUGCGACUCUGUUCGGAUUUGAACCUUUACCUCCAACUAUCACUGAACUUCCAGAGCUUCCUGAACCUGAUACUGAACCUGAUCCUGAUCCUGAACCUGAACCUGAACCUGAUCCUGAACCUGAUCCUGAUCCUGAACCUGAUCGCUCUUCCACUCAAAGCAGCACACAGAAACCAGACUUUCCUGAACCUCAACCUGGACCUGAGACUGUGUCCGAACACAAACCCAAUGCUGACCUUUUGUCUGGGUCAGAAACCAAAUCAGUUUAUGAACCUGACUCAGUAGUCAAGUCUGAACCUGAACCUCCAUCUGAGACCUUAUCAGGAUGUGAAUCUGGGUCAGAGCUGGUACCAGAACCUGUCACCAUGUUGGGAUCUGAACCUUUACCUCAUCCUCAGGCCAUCUCUGAACCUCUGGAGGGUUCUGGACCUGAAGAUGAAAUCUCUACCAAUCAAAGUCACACAGAGGAACCAGACUCUCCUGAACCUCCUGCUGUACCUGGGCUAGAAAUUGAAUCCAAAGACGAUCCCUACUCUGAACUUGUACCUGGAACUGAACCCAUAUCAGAUAACGAUCCUGAAUCUGAGACAGUAUCAGGUUUUGAACCCAACACUGAACUCGAGCUUCAAUCUCAGACAUUUAUAGGAUGUGAAUCUGGAUCCAAGCUGGGACCAGAACCUGACACCCUGUUGGGAUCUGAUCCUUUACCUCAUCAUCAGAGCAUCUCUGAACCUCCAGAGGGUUCUGGACCUGAAGACGAUCACUCUAACAAUCAAAAGUAAGUUUCUGUUAUGUCACCUAUGUCUGAAAUAUCAUGUGGUCAGACUGGAUGAAGUUGGUGUGGUUGAAGCAAACUCUGGAGUUGGAGGAAUUCAUGGAACCCAGAGUUAAGGGCUUUCAUUUGGCUUCAAGGUUAUUCAACAGACAACCUGGAAACGUAAAGCAGCUCCUUCCUAGAUGAUGACAGAUUUGUGAACCAGCAGAACUGGAUAGAGGGCUGCAGGGUUAUCAUGGUUGAUAUGGCUCCAUAUUGUUUGGAGAGUUGGAACAAUUAGUGCUGGCUAUUUUAUUUUAUUUUAUUUUUUUCAUUUUUUUUCUCCGAAGAGUUUUUGCGGCGCUAGUGGCUCGUAUUUUUUGCGACAAAGGCAAAGGUCGCCGGGACCGGGAGUCGAACUCCAAACGUGGGGCGUGCUAACCCCCUGUGCCACCAGAGCACGCCCCGACUUAUUUUAUUUUUGAUGCAAACUAUCUGAUAUUUGGAGCUGUCAUCAAACCUUUUCAUGUCUUUGCAAUGUUUAAAUUCCCAGAACAGUUAUUGUGACCUCUGGAAAAUACCAACAACUGAUCUACACAUUAGGAAACGAUAAAGUUAAAUCUCAUCUUUAGGGCCUGUUAGGUCCCUUUAUGACAGGUGUGAGAGUCUGACACCGGUAACCUCUGCCAAGGUUACUAUUUGUCACUGAUUGUGUUCAUAACCUUUAAGGACAGAAUAAAUAGGUGCAGCGGAUCCAUUUUGGUGUCUUUAGGAUCACGUCUGCUCUUUGCAGGUGAUGUUGUGCUAUUGGGUUCCUUGGGAAGUUAUCUACAGUGGUUCGCAGAGGAGUGGGAAGCUGCCAGGAUUAGGAUUAGUGCCUCUAAAUCUAAGGGUCUCGAACCAGAAAAGGGUAGCAUGCCUUCUCCGGGUCGGGGAGGAUGUCCUGCCCCAAGUGGAGGAGUUUAAGUAUCUUGGGAUUUUGUUCACGAAUUAAGGAAAAAUGGAGCGGGAGACCGACAGGUGAAUUGGUGCAGCGUCUGCAGCGAAGCGGGUGCUGUACUGAUCUACCAUGGUGAAGAAAGAGCUAAGUCCAAAGGAAAACCCCCAAUCUAUGUUCCUACCCUCAUCUAUGGUCAUGAGCUUUGGGUAAUGACUGAAAAAACAAGGCCACAGAUCUUUAAAGAGGAGAGAGGGCAGUUUCAGGACAAGGUGUUCUGCUACGUCCAUCUGAGUGUUCAGGAGUUUCUGGCUGCUCUUUAUGUUCAUCUGACCUUCAUAACUCUGGAGUCAACCUGAUGGAAGAAAAGCAAGCACUACCUUCUGAAGAAGAAAGAAGUUUCUCUAAAUUCAGCAAAUCAGAUCUGACAUCUCUCUAUCAGAGAGCUGUUGACCAGGCAGGUCUUACGGAGCUCCAAUAGACAACUGGACUUGUUCCUUCGUUUCCUCCUCAGGAUUUCACUGGAGUCCAAUCAGAAACUCAUACAAGGUCUGCUGGCACAGACAGGAAGUAGCUCACAGACCAAUCAGGAAACAGUUGAGCAGUCUGUGUCACUGUCUGAAUGAACUGAAUGAUUGUUCUUUGAAAAACCUCUGAUUCCUGAAAGGUUUUAAUGAUUUCUUCCUCUACAUAUAAAAACACCUGAUUGAACUGGGGGGUUUUAUUGGAAAACAAAACCCUAAAAUCACAAAAUUCUAGCCCACUAUUACCAAUCCUGUCGGACAAUAAAAGGUUGAACAUUUAUCUUCUGAAAAUACCUGAAUGUUGGAUCUGUUUCCAGGUGUCCUUUCACAAACGUACGAAGAGAAAACUCAAACUUUUUAAGGAGAUCACGCACAACUGGUUCGGAUCUCAUCUACAGUAUGAGGCAGUCUGGUUUUAUCUCUGUGAACUAGUUGAUGAUGUGAAGCUAAAAUUUGAAUCAAGUCGACUGUGGGAUUUGCCUGGUGCUGGUCAUUUGUCUUUUUACCGUUUCAUUCUUUAUGUACAAUAAUGCUGCGAACAGCAAAGUAUGAAACAUUGAAAACUUGCUCCACAAAAGGAAAGUCCUCCAGACCAUCAGGGAGAGUCUGGACUAGGUAUGUAAAUAUGCUGCUGUUUUGUAAUAUUAUAAAAGUCUGCAUAUUUGAAAAGAUACGAAAUGUGACAUUGUUCCUUUAAUCCUCCAAAUUUCUCCUCUCCUGGACAUUACAUCUUUACAGAGGGUCUGGUCCCAUAUAAUUUGUUAGUCGACUCCCCCUAGUGGCCUGGAGGACUUGGUUUUGUGGAGAAAAUUUGAAAAGUUUCAUGUUGUUUGGUUUUGCUAUUACUUGUAUUUUCUGUUUUCUUCCAUCUCUUGUGGUUGCAACAUUUUUUGUUUGCAUUUUUUUUAUUGUAAAAUCGAAAUUGUCAAGUCAAAAGAACUUUUUUUUAAAGGUUUUAUUGGCUCUACUGGCCUUUAUUUGGUAGAGAAUUGACAGAAAAGAGGGUAAUGAGAGAAGGGGGAAGACAUGUGGCAAAGGUCGCCCGGCCGGGAAUCAAACCUGUGACGGCCGCGUUGAGGACUAAGGCCUGAGCUGGGUUUGAACCCCAAGUCAAAAGAACUUUUUCAUAAAAACUUGUGAUGUUUGGAUUUUUUUUAACUUGAUAAUGUAAUAGUUUCAUUAAAGAAAGAAGUCAGACGUUUUUUGUUGGAAAGAGAUGUGUGAGAUAUUGUAGAGCCAAAACUUAAGAAGAGUUUUGAAAAUUUGCCCUAUUAAGAUAAAUAUUUGUCAGAUAUUUUCUGAAAAAACCAAGUAAAACAUUUGUCAAUUGUGAUCAAUAAAAGCAAUCCUCCUGCCA